AUGUCCAACCAGAGAGAGAAUGAGACUGGGGUCAGCGAGUUUCUCCUGCUUGGCAUCACUAAUGACCCACAGCAGCAACAAAUCCUCUUCUGGUCUUUCCUAUGCAUGUAUCUGCUCACAGUGAUUGGGAACACACUCAUCUUCCUGGCCAUCAGCUCUGACACCCGCUUGCACACCCCCAUGUACUUCUUCCUCGCCAACCUUUCCUUCGUUGACAUCUGCUUCACCACCAAUCUCAUCCCCAGGUUCCUGGCUAGCCACGUGUCUGGAACAGGCACCAUCUCUUAUGCCCUCUGCCUGACUCAGAUGUACUUUCUAAUUUCCUUUGGCAAUGCUGACACCUUUCUGCUGGCUGCCAUGGCCCUGGACAGAUUCGUGGCCAUUUGCUAUCCUCUACAGUACCACACCAUCAUCACCCCCCAGCUCUGUGUGGGGCUGGCAGCCAUUGUAUGGAUAUGCUCUGGCCUCAUCUCUCUGGUGCACACACUCCUCAUGAGCAGACUGACCUUCUGCUCCUCGAUUCCAGAGAUCUCUCACUUCUACUGUGAUGCUUACCUGCUCAUGAAGUUAGCCUGUUCAGACACACGCAUCAAUCAAUAUGUCUUCCUGGGAGCUGUGAUCUUCUUUGUGGCCCCCUGCAUUCUCAUUGUGGUCUCUUAUGUCCGAAUCACUGUGGCAGUCUUCCAGAUACCCUCUGCCAAGGGCAGGCACAAGGCAUUUUCCACAUGUAGUUCGCACUUGUCUGUGGUCAUCCUGUUCUAUGGGACAGUUCUGGGGAUCUAUAUACGACCUCCAGACUCCUUCUCCACCCAGGACACGGUAGCCACCAUCAUGUUUGCUGUGGUUACUCCCAUGCUGAACCCCUUCAUUUACAGCCUGAGGAACAAGGACAUGAAAGAGACAGUGACUAGGCUCCUCAACCGGGUCUCGAAGUCCUCUUAG